AUGGAGGAAGAAGUGCCGUUGAAAAUUAUCGAACUAUCUGAUUUUCUUCGUUUGCCAUCAAUACUUUCCAAGAGACUUGAAUUUAAACAAACAAAAGCUGAAGACUUAUCAUUCGAUCAACGAAGAAAAGAUCGACACAGUUCAGGCAAACUAAAAUUAAAAACUACACAACCGAGCGUUAUUUUAUUAAAACAAAAGCCAAUAUCUGCCGAUAAUCAUGCUGAUGAAGACUAUUUCAAACCAAAGGAAUUGAUUGUACCUAAAGAUAUUAUUGUAUUUGCUGAUGAUGUAGAUCGAGAAAAAAUUGGUCUAUUCAAUAAAGCAAAAAGCCAUUUUUCUAGACAUUUAUUAGUUACAUCGGGUGCCGCACUUCAAGCGUUGAUACCUCCAUUAACUAACGCUACAGAAUGGAUUGUUGUUUGUAAACUGAAAUAUUCGAAACUUUAUACAAAAGAAUUACCAAUUGAAAGAAAUGUUAUUAUUUCAUUGAAUGUCAAUCAUCCUUAUGUUCGCUAUGAAAUUCUUACUGCCUUUGAUUUAUUACAACAAUCAUUCAAUGAAAUAAAAUCAGCUUAUAUUAUGAUUGAUUUUUCUCGAAUAUUAAGUCGAUGGUUUAGAAAUUAUCUUCAACGUACUGAUCAGUAUCCACCAUUAUCGAAUCGAAUAUUAUUUCGAUAUCAAUUUCAAACAUGUAAAUGUUCACUUACAUUAGGAAAACGACAAUUUCAUCAAGAUAAUAAGUGUUAUCGAUUUGGAAUUAGUCGACAAAAAUCUCAUUGUAAGCCUGAUAUUCCAAUGCAGAUCUAUAUUAAUUUCAAUUCUUUACCAACAAUGGUCUAUGCAAUUCAAUUAAAUAAUAUAUUCAUCUAUUCAAUGAAUGAUGAAUAUAAACAAAUAUUAAAAGAUAUUGGCAACGGUUUAUCAUUAGUUUCUGUACAGAGUCUUAAUCCUAGUGGAAUUGUAGAAGAGAAGCCAAAUAUUUGUAAUUCUCGUGUUGAAAAGGAAGAAAAUUUUCAAGGAAAAUAUUCUGUUCAAGAAAAACAUUCUGUUCAAGAAAAGAAUUCUGUUCAAGAAAAACAUUUUGUUCAAGAAAAAGAAGAAACAAAAUCUCCUCCAUCAUCAGAUGAACCCAAUGAACAAGAGAAAUUUUUAUUUGGAAAACUUUGCGAGAAUCGAAUGCGAAUUCAAAUGCAUCAUCAACAAUUAAUGACGAGAGCAGCACGAUUAUUGUGUCUUCCAUCUAUCAAUAAUGAUUCAUUUUAUGGAAAAAAUACACAAUUAAACAAUGAAUCGAAUUUACAAACAAAUAAAAUUGUUUAUUAUUGA